AUGGACCUCGAAAUCUCAUCUGCGUUCUCUUCUUCUUAUUUUCUUGGUCUAAUAAUUCACAUACAUUCUUUUCUAUUCUGUGUCAGACGCUAUACUUAUCUACUGGAAAAUAUCAAAUCAUUUUUCUAUUCAAGCCCUAAGUCGAAAUUCCAAUGUAUCAGAAUAAAUUCUGAGUUGCUGCUCGUAAAUAGUCCUUCAGGCUCUUAUCCUAAGCUUUUCACCUCCUCCUCAGUCCUGCAUCUCAGUAUAGCCAAGAAAAAGAAUAGCAGUCGCCAAGAAACUCCUGAAGAGGCUGCUGAGAGGCUCAAGAAAGAAGAAUUGUCAAGGAUACACGCCGAAGCUAGGCAGGAGAUUUUACAAAGACGUAUUUUGGCAACCGAGGAAAUGGCAGCAAAUGUAAGUCCAACCCAGCUUCCUGAACUCGUUGAUUUCAAUAUCUACACAUCAUUCUCAUCCAGCAUCAAACCCCUUAAUCACUUGUACCCUGUCGACACUUUUGGCCAAUUCCCCAUCGAAGUCAAGCUUCAAAUAUUCAAGAAAUUGACAGACAUUGAUUCUUUGCACUCCUUAAUCUCCGCCUCUCGAUCUUUCCAUGAAUGUUGUAUCGACGACAAAUAUCAAUGCGAAGUAUUCUGCAGAAUACUAGUCGAUGAAAUGACUCUUCCUAUCUUCCUUCAAGCGGUUGCCAUGUUCAGCAAUUCAACAGGCGAAUGGACUAAUGCAUUCCAGAAUGUGCGCAAGUUUAUGGACCAGUAUUCCACAAAUUCAAGAGCCACAACCUUCAAUCACAGGAGUUAUAAUAUGAGAACUCUGGCCUCAAUUGCAAAAUUUCAUUUGACAACAAAAGCUGUUACUCAGGAUUUUUUCGAAUCUUGUUUGAAUUUGCAUCCGUGGACUCACGAGAAGUAUGAGAAGAACGAAUUAGGGAGGCUCGAGGGGCUUCGAAUACAACGGGCUUUCUAUAAUUUUGAGCUAUACGUCCAUCUCUUCAAACGCGGCGAUUAUUAUGUCAUUGAGCAAACUUUGUUAAACGAGCGGUUACACGGAAUAAUCCUGGGGGUCGAAAUUUCGGGUGAAAAAUUUAUGAGUCGUUCUUUAAUCAUUUCAGCUUUUGGGAACUCGAAGAGAUAG